AUGUGUCGUGAAAAGCACUUGAAGGCCCGUGAGAUUAAGAUGGAUAAGAAGAAGCACAAGAUUAUGCUACAACAUGAGCAAAACCAUGAGCUGAAGAAGAAUUACCAGAAGAAACAAAAGGCAAAACGACAGAGACCAAUGAUUAUCACUCCCAGGAGGAUACCACACACAUCAGGACCGAACUUAUGUGCGACACCAUCACACAGAGUGACGAGCACAGCAACAAAGAAGACACGGCCUCGACUGCAUUACAACCCACGCAUGCUACAGGAGGGACAGGAGGUGGAGGUAUUUAGACGCCAGCGAUUAGAAGUGGCGGCUGGUAAUGCACAUGAAAGUCAGGAUGAGUGCGUGAUGUCCGGCAUCAUCACUGCCGCCACCGCGACGCAGGUGUACUUACUCACUGCUAGCGGCCGCUUCGAGUCGUUUGACGUUCGCGACUGUAUUCAAGGCUUGCUAUAUGUGCGGGCAGUAGAAAGCAAUAGCAGCCCGACAAACUGCGUCAGAAACGACAUGAACGCCAACAGUGCGUGGAAUAGAUAA